ACUAAUUCGUCUGUUCCAAAGAGGCACAGUAAUACUAGUUCCACUGAUAGGGCUGGUGCCUGCAAAUAUUGCAGAGAAUGGCAUUCUGAUGAACACAAUCAGAAGCAUUAUGGUGGCUCCGUUACUUUGUCCACAUCCACAUUUCCCAUGCCUUUACCACAUUCCGCACUUAACAGUCAAGGAUCCUUAUCUCAGUCUGCACAGAGACCUGAGUCCUCAACAAAUAGGAGCUCAGCAACAGUUUCUUCACAAACACUGAAUUUGGAUGGUAGUUCAAAAUUCAGUACACAUACACCCUUGUGUCUGUUACACAGCAGAGGCUCUCUUUCUACUCCAGGAAGUUCUGGUUUUUCACCACCUCUUUGCAGUAUACCUGAAGACAGCAGCUUACUGGAAGACAGUAUCAGUAACGGUUUCAACACUUCAUCUCACCAUGGUGCCUCGCAUGAUGGGGAGAGCUUACAAAAUUCACGUAGUUCUUUAUCUUUAGAUUCUUCCAGCCCAUCCUUGUUUCAGACAAGAUUCACUCCAGAUCCCCAGACAGGUUCUGCUUUGCAUGAUCAGAUGCCAUUUGCUUUGUUAGCAGCAUUUGCUUUACAAAACCUAAGUAGUAGCAUGAGCAACACAACAGUCUCCCAGUCAGCGAGCUCAGAGGAAGUGAAGAAGCCACAGGCAGAUCAGGAGAAACUUAAACAACUACGGGAAAGUCUCCUGGCAGAAGACUCAGGAGAGGAAGGAGAUCGGUGUCGUAUAUGUCAGAUUGCUGGAGGUUGUCCUACAAAUCCACUGCUAGAGCCAUGUGGCUGUGUGGGAAGCCUGCAGUUUGUUCAUGAGAAAUGUCUCAAAAAAUGGCUCGAAGCCAAAAUAAAGUCAGGUGCUGAUCUAGGGGCAGUAAAGACAUGCGAGCUGUGUAAGCAGAGCCUAACACUUGAUCUGGAUGAUUUUAACGUGAAUGAGUAUUACAGAAAUCACCACUACUCACAAGCACAGAAUGAACUAACAGAUCUCUAUCUUGUGCUGCUUUUUCGUGUUUGGGAGCUCACGAGACAAAGCUACAACCUGACCACCAGAAACAGGAUUCUGACUCAGAGAGAAACAGAUAAAACAUCUCAUGACCUGGAAUUCCACCCAGAAGCCUUUGUCUUGAAUGCCUUUUUCCAUGUCUUUUAUACCUCUUAUGUUUUCUCCUGCUUUACACCAAACUAAAACAAGUGUGUAUGUCACACAGUCCUUUCAGUAGUCCCACCAAUGCCUUUAAAAGUCCAAACACUGGCAGGUUAUUACUUUAAAAAAACAUAGGUCAAAAUAACCAGUAGCAAAAUCAACGUGGUGUUUCUAUUGAUUAUGUCCUAGAAUGGCCUAACCUAAUUGGAAACACUUGGCUAGUAAGUUCUUUUUUUUCUUUAAUCUUUAAAAUCACAAGCUACUGAGAUGCUUGUGGUUCCUUUACUGUGUGUUUUGUGCCACAUAUAAUAUUGACAGUCUGUGGUUUUGAGGUUUCUCUUGAUUAGAGCUUCAGCUUAUGAAAUGACAUGAUCAUAUAUACAGCUUACAACUGAAAGGGCCAAAACACUUUCACAUGUGUUGAUUCCAUACACCCAACAACAAAACAUUGAGUGCAUUGCCUUCACCUUGACUGAGACAAAUUUUGAGUAAAGUUUUUGAAUUUACUUAUUAAUGUUCUCUUUCUUUGACAAUUA